GCGACAGGAAAGCCGCAGCUUAGAAAUAAAGAAAUCGCAACUCUAAACGCAAUCGAGCGUUACGCUCAGACGACAAAAGAGCGAUUCGUAAGUGUAUCUAGCGAAAAUGCCUCGAUAUUUCGCUUCCUUCGGCGAAACUACUGGGGGACAAGGCGACGACCAUGAUGAUGAAGAUGAGGAUCGGCUGGACAAAAGCCGUCGUACCGCAAGCAAUCACAGUGCUUCUUUCAAUGCUGGUACAGGUAGCAAUAUAGGCCUCUUUUCAUCGCCUCCCUCAACAACAUCCACGCCACAAUCUCACGAACAUGUCGACAGGGACUCGGAUGAGCGAAGGAAGCAUUCUUUGCGACGCCAGUCUUCUCCUGUCGACCACAGCGAUCACGAUGUUGCUAGUUGCAGUUCAUUAUCUUCCGUUCGUCUUCUCUGUCCGAGUCCGGAUGGUCGAUUUAUUCAUUCCUUCAUUCAACAAGGGUCCGAUUUCUUCAUCGAGACGAAACGUCUUCCGCUGGAGGAGAACAAUGGCACUAACAGCCAAAACACCGCUGAAGGUACCGAAUCUUCCACUGCUUUUGACAGUCCGGCGAUGGUACGCACAAAACUUCCUCCUGCGAUUCGAGCAGCCCUGGAAAUCGAUCCAGUCAUGGAACUCAUCUCUGUGGAAGGGGAAGGAAAGCCCCAACCCCCUACGGAAGAACGCAAUCCAAAUCUACGUCUUUUACCGCGGAUUUGUGUCUACACGAGAUAUGCCGUUUUUCUGCUGCAGUUGGGAUACAUCCCAUCUUCACAAUAUUUCAUGACGAGCCCAUCGAAAAGUCAGUCUUUCGUUGAAGGAUGCGUCGUAUCUGUGACGGAACCGUUAGAGCACUUGCUUUUGAAUUCGGCAACAUCAUCCAGUAUUAUCCGGACCCGACCAGCACCGCAACACAUCUUUGGCUACGCCACAGUCUGCCCCGCCACAUCACUAGCAAUUCUCACUUUCGAUCGCGCGCUGAGUGAGUACAGUCUUAUUUUGUAUCACGGAACUUCGGGAAAAACCACGGCUCCGUUGGUAUGGAGGACGGAGCAACUCGAUGACCCAUCCCAGCAAGAUAGCAUUGUUGACUUUUGCUUCGGAAUUUCACAUACUUUGCGACUCUUUGCGGCCGUGUCGAUUGUUUUGGUAAAGAGCUCGGGGGAUCUUUUGACGGCCGCUCCAAUUGUCUUCGAAGGCUCGGUUGUACCCCGGCCUGUGGUGACCGAGGCCUUGGAUUAUUUACAAGCUCGUCUGGAACAAACGAAAGACCGCAACACCGCUCCCUGGCGGCAAUGCAAAGCAGCCUACGCCUAUGUCAUGGAGGUGUUCGGGUCAGGACUCGACGAUGCCAAAAGUCACUUCUGCACGGCGCGAUUGUCCGGGAAGGUGGCGGAGUGGCCGAUACAACCACAAGGGCCCGUUCUGUUUGCAUCCCUUUCGGGAGAGAGUACACCACUGAGACGUACCGUCAUUGAACCGUUUGGAUACACCAACGUGAUAGGCGUCGCAGUAGGGAUGCAAGGUGGUCGCGUAGACUUUUGCGUUCUGUCGCCGACGACAGCCUUGCCUCGCUUCGCGUUUGAGAGUCAAGUCGAUCGAUUCGAUUUAGACGACAUCGCUUGCAAACUCGGAGCCGUUGUCGAGUGCGUGGAUUUGAAACUGAGGAUGGGACACAGCAACCACACCACUGCUUUAGCGUUGGUAAGGGAUCCGAUUAUAGAUACGAUUUUGCAUGUUGUUACGCCAUUGGUGGUUGCAUCUGUAUCGACAAGUGCCGUCCGACUAGCGAGCAACAAACUACAAGGCCAAUCAAGAAACGAGGCGGUGCAAACGUCGGCCUGGUCGUGCCUAGGGACAACGGGAGCGUCUGGAGUUACAAUUCAGGGAGCGAUUCCGUCGGAUAGUGUCGACACAGGUCAUCAGCUUUUGGUCUGCCUCUCCGACGGUACGACAGAACCUAUCAACGUCAGCCAAGCUCAAUUUUAUAACGAAUUGGGAAACGUGUUUGAUUCUACAUCGACGAAAGCAUUAAAAAAUAGCGAUGCAGCUACGGCCGAGGCCUUACAACUCAUCGAAUCGACUCCGCCAUUGUAUACAAUAUUGAAACCCCUGAUGCAGAAGAUCCAGAUGGGGUUAGACAGCAUGGGCAAAAUUGUCGGGAGUCAGACUUCGUACAGAAGUAUUACACCCGAAACGCUGGCCGUGGUGAUUACUGUCAAAGAGCAAUGUGACAACGAAGUCGUUCUUCCUUUACUCGAACUGAGGAAACUUGUUCAAGUUCGUCGCACACAGAUCACAUCGACUCUAGAAGACUAUCGAUCCCAGCUAUCGAAUUUGCAGCAGUCGGCCAAGGACCUGAAAAAUCGUACGGCAGUCCUUCUGGAGAAAAUGGAGAAGGUUCAAUCUAAUGAGUCAAUAUUGGCUCAACGUGGCAAGGCAUUACUGCAGGCCAGCCAAGACCUUACCCCAACGGUGACACAGGAAGAGUACGAGUUCUUCCAGCUCGUGAAAAGAACUGAUGCGAAAUCACGAAAGUGGGAAGCGCAGGUUGAUGGUCUUUCUGUGCAAGCUGACGCUGUUUGUGAAGCGAUCAAGGUUGAGGGCGUAUCCGCGGCCACGGAAGGACUGAACGGAAACGCCGGAUUCCUUCGACUCGCCCACGAUAUCUUGAAUGGUCAAGAAGUCAAUUUGGAGCAGGCGCGGGGUCAUCUUCAGGCUCUGGAAGAUCAAACACAGGCCAUCGCAGGGUCUGCUGGAUUGUUGGAUCCGUCCGAGGAUAAAUCGUCCAAUUUGCCCAAAGCCAAAAAGUAAAGCCGUACCAACUGCAAAAAUUUGCGAAUAGAAAGAAUGAUCAUUUUUAUCCUCAAACACGGGGAGGCAGAUUGUGGUUAAGAAAAACAAUUAACUACGAAGCUUAUGACUGUCUCUAGAUUGAGUGGCCUUCUUGGAGUGGAGUUUUGCUGUUCUCUGAGCUGUUUUGCUAUCACGUGCUUUCAGACUGUUGCAGACUCCGAUAUGGAGUAUCCUGACGUAACAUCAUUAGUUGGAUCAACAAUGUGUGCACGUUAGUCUCUCCGAAUGUGGGAAUUCUCUGCGCUCUACUAGAUCGGUCCGAAGGUGUCCAAUGGGACUAGGUAUUGUCGAAAGACAUUGUCUUCGAGCUCUACUUGAAAGUAGACUCCGCGAUAUGAUCCAUCGUAAGUUUCCAGUAGAGCAUCGCCCGGUUUCCAAAGAGCGUCAAAUCCCAGACCUGAUUUUCGAAUUUCCGAAAACGUCAGCGACCCUCCGGUGUUGUAUUUGAUGUAUACACCUCCUGAAAUGUCGAGCGGGACUCCGUCCUUAUCCAUACCAUGCAGCAAACCCCGAGGCAGUUCCAACGAACUGACGUAUGAUUUGAGUGUCGCCAACCCUUCUCCAGAAGAUGAUGCACAAAUUCCCAACAUGACACGUCCUUUGGUAAUAUCCUGGGCUCUCUCUUUUGCCGCCAUGUCAUUGAGAAACCGCAUGGCGGAGGGAAGCCGACCGCG